AAUUAGUUUGUGAAGCUGUAUUUUUGUUCCUGUGUCAACGAAAAGGAGAAUACGGGCCGUAGCCGACCGGACAUUUAACAACUAGCUGGAAAGCUAAUAUUUAAACUACAAAGAGAAACAACAUCAACUGUUUUACGCUCGCUUCAGUACAUUGCAUUUAAUUAAUAUUUUAAGUGAAAGUUAGCUGGCUAACAUUUUAUAUCGUGUAGCGCUUUUGAAGCUACCUAUGUUGGCAAGCUAGUAGACUAAGAGGCGAAGAAUCGCUCAGCUUUUGGCUAACGUUUGGCACUCAGCUGGUUAGAAAACUCUAUUGCUAUCUAAUAUUGACGCAACUACAGCUAUCUUAAAUUUAUGUAGUUAAACUAGCUAACGUUAGUAUCCUCAGCGAAGCGCUGUUCCUAGAUAGCGUCACCGUUUUUGAAAGAAAACCACUAGCUACUGUCGAUAGCAAGUUGGCUAACGCUAUUGCUGAGCUUAAACGGCUAUUAAAGCAAUCCGUAGCUAGCAAGCUACGUCUUUACUUCCAAUUAGUUUGAAGGUUUCCUGUGACCCAAGGUAGUCUGGAUUUGAAGACAUGAACUCCAAUGUGGAGAACUUGCCCCCUCAGGUUCUGCGACUAGUAUACAAGGAGGUGACGGCGCUGGCUGCAGACCCCCCUGAGGGUAUCAAGAUCUAUCCUAGCGAAGAGGACAUCACAGAACUACACACUGCAAUAGAGGGACCAGAGGGAACUCCAUUUGCCGGAGGCAUUUUCCGUAUGCGCCUGGUUCUGGGGAAAGACUUCCCUGCAGCACCACCCAAGGGAUACUUCCUGACCAAGAUUUUCCAUCCUAAUGUGGGCCACAAGGGUGAAAUAUGUGUCAAUGUGCUAAAGAGAGACUGGAGAGCUGAGCUGGGCCUCAGACAUGUCUUACUUACUAUCAAGUGCCUGCUGAUUCACCCCAACCCCGAGUCGGCUCUCAAUGAAGAAGCUGGACGGUUACUCUUGGAAGACUAUGCUGAAUAUGCCUCCCGUGCCCGGCUGCUCACUGAGAUCCACGCUAUGGGUGGACCAGGGGGCACCUCGGGAGGGCCCCAAGAACCUGGCGAGGGGCCACAACCCAAAAAACAUGCUGGAGACCCCAACAAAAGGGCAGUGGUUACCACAGCUUCCUCAGGAGCCAACGGCAAUGGGGCAAACAGCGGCAUUGGCAGUGGCGGCAGCAAUAGUAUUAGUGGUAAUGUCAAUAGUAAUGUGGUCGUGAAAAAGAAAACAGAUAAAAAAAGAGCCUUGAGACGACUCUAAUGCUGUCUGUUUGCGAGUGUGUGUUGUGUGCGCGCGUGUGUAUGUAGAAGUUUGCAGACUACUAUUGUUUCACCUGUUUCUUACCCACCCUAAAUCUGUCAGUUUUUACUCAUCCUGUUUUCUUGCCAGAUUCUUUUUCAGUCCUUUCCUCUUGGACAACUUUUUUUUUUUUUUUUUUUUCUUCCAGAAAAUUUAUUUUUCCAUUGUCAGCUGAGUUGGUGUGCAUUCCACACACUGAAAUUGCAUAUAGUAUUAAUUUAGUCGGUGAGGCACGUGGUAUCAAAUAUUGAAAUUUGAUCAUGCUAAAGACGUUUUUAGUUUUUUCAUAAUUUUUCAUUAAUUGCGUUUUUUCAAUAUUUUGUUUUCUGUAAAAUGGAAAGUACAGGGAUCAAGGAAGGAAACCAUAAAAUGGAUCAUCCACUCUCACUCUAAUCUCUUUCUUGCUGAGGUUGUAACUACUUAGCAACUACUGUCUUUGAAAUUGGAUGUUUGUAUUUUUCAAUGAGGUAUCUUACAGGGAGCUUAAGACUGUUCUCUUCAGACUCAGUAUCAGUUUAUCAUACCAUUAUCAUAUAUUUAAUUGGAGUUUGAAAUUAAUUUUGACUAUUGAGAAAAGUAACUGUUCGAAAGUGAAGCCAAGUGUUCAAUUGGAUGUAUAAGCAUUCACCAACUUGAAGUUUAGUACAUCCAAACCAGACUUUUCUCUGGGUCUUCAUUUUCCUCAUAGAACCACCCAAGGUGCCUUUUGAGAAAAAAUCAUAAUUGUGAUCCAUUUUGAACAGAAUUGGAAAAUGGAGGGUCAUCUACAGAUUUUUAUAUGAUCAUCAAGGCUAGAAAUAAGUAUAAAUUUGCUAAAAUGCCAUUGCCUAUUGUAGUGCUUUUAUAGUGAGAAAAAGAAUAAUUGAUUUUAGGAGUGGGAAUUUAAAUUUAGAUCCAAGUAAAAGGAUCAGAUGGGGAUGGUGUUUUCUAGACCUCAGAUCAAUUCCUGAAUGGUUACAUGAGAUUGGGAAAUUAUGUCCGUCUCCUUGUGAUUAUAAGUGAUUAUAGUUAAUGGGAAUCUUUUUAUUCCCUUUAGGGUUUUUAUUUUGUGCUGGCCAGGCAAGAGUAAAUUCCACUCUGAUGUUAAUAUCUGUGACAUCAGUGUCUGAAAUUUCUGUAGCUAGAAUGUCUGCAGUUAUUAACUGAAGUUUGACGGAUGAAGGAGUGGUUGAGAGAGGGUGGCAAAUUGUGGUCUGGAUGUUGCUUUUUUUUUUUCUCCGAUGUGUUUUUUCCACUUUUCUAAGAUGUUGUGAUUAUUUUUGCCCAUUUUUAAAGAAAAUACAGAUGUAAUUUUACCUUCGUAGCCCAGUAUUUUCAAGAGAGCUUUUAGAGUGAGAUGGCUUGCAGUCAACUAUCCUUUGGCACGUGAGGGGGACAACAUGUAAUGAACAGCAAGCUGGAAAUGCAGUACUGAACACAAUAUACACUGACUGGAAUAUGGCCUUGGAACUGUACCUGCACAUUAGAGUAAUGUAUCCAUAGACAUACAGGUCCGAUGAAUCCUUGUGUCCUUGAUGACUAGCAUGAUAGACAAUUAUCAUUGAGAUGCGUUAACAUGCGUAUAUCCCUAUAACCCAGUCUUGUUUGUGCUGUCUGCACUUACCCUGUUCCACAGGGUCCUAGUUGGAUAAAAUGUAUAUCUCUUUGGGUAGAGUUCAAUGGUAUGAAUAGACAAAAAUUACGUACAUGGCUGAGUUUCUUUGGUUUUCUGUUUUACAUAAGUGUUCUUUGGAAAUGUUUAGACAAAGCAUUUACUGGUCCAGGAUUUCCCAGGGAAAUAUUUGUGAGUGUUGCCUUUCCUUGGGGAGAAAACCUGCUGUGGAAAGUCAGCCAUUGUGCAAAAUCAAUUGAGGGGGGAGGGGAGGUAGGGUAUUAUACAGUAUAUAUAAUUUCUUUGUUUGUGUCCUUGUAUGUUAUUUAAAUUAACAACAAAAAAUUCUAGAAAAAUAAAUAAAAUGCAAACACUUGUUUGGUGAGUUAUCCUUGGUUA